UUUGCAGGUCAAUUUCACGGUAUUUAAGCUAGGCCCUAUAUAAAUCAAGUAAAAAAUGUACGGCCAAGUCCAAGAUCCACUGGUGCAUGCUGCUGCCGCUGCUUUGGCACAAUCAACCAACGCCGAACCAGUAGUUGGUUCCCGUGAUACCAUGUUCACCAAAAUCUUUGUCGGUGGUCUGCCAUACCAUACAAGUGACAAGACGCUUCACGAGUAUUUUGAGCAGUUUGGAGAUAUUGAAGAGGCUGUAGUCAUCACUGAUCGUAACACACAAAAAAGCAGAGGAUAUGGAUUUGUAACAAUGAAGGACCGUGCUUCUGCAGAAAGAGCUUGUAAAGAUCCAAAUCCAAUCAUUGAUGGAAGGAAGGCUAAUGUCAACUUGGCAUACCUCGGAGCUAAACCAAGAACAAAUGUGCAACUUGCUGCGCUGGCCGCUGGACAAGUUCAACUUCCACUCACCACUCAACUUCAGGCUUUGUUUCAACCAAGAAUGGGACAAGUGGCCGGUUGAAUCGAAAUCCGUGGAUGCCUAAAACUAAAGACUUCCUCAAAUGUAUUAUCCGACUGUCACAGGACUGGUCAAUCCGUUGAUGGCACAACAAGGAGCCGCUGCUCAGCAACAAUUGUUCGAUUAUAAUGCUCUGGCCGCAGUAAUGAACCCACAAGCUGCCGCCGCUUAUGGUAUUCAGUCCCAAGGAAAAUUCGCAGCCGCCCCUACAACAAUUGAGCAAUACGCCGCCUAUCCAGCAGGAUACGGCCUAGUUCCCCAAUCUGCCUACAAUAUUGGAAACCCACAGUUGCAACAAUUAGCUGCCGCACAACAACAGCUUGAGCAUCAACGUGUCUAGAAUCCUAAUAAUAUUCUUCAAUUUGUCAUUCACUCAUUCAUAAAACCGAUUGUCAUUGUCGUCCCAGCAAUAAUUCGCCAACUGAUUUUGCCAAUAGAGAACAUAGGUAUUUGCCCGAGUUAUACUGAUAAUUUUACAACUUUGUCCUACCCAAAUAUCAGAUUCUUACGCAAAUCAAACAGUUCUAUCUAGUCUUCCAAUUUCAACUUUAUUCCCAUAUACUUUACAAUUUUAGUCACAGUUCUUUUUGAUUUUGUCAAUUUUUUUCUUAUUCAUUUCAAAUUACAAAUCUCUGAUGUGGGUUUCUACACGUUCGAUGUUUUUUCUUCUCAAUUUUUUCCCGAAACGCCAGAGUUGCCUGAUUUUAAUGUGCCAUUUGCACAUCCUCAUUGAAUUUGCAAAUUAAUUUCAUAUGGUGAGUUCGUAAUAGUCGUACAUGUUCCUGCAUUUAAUGUUUACAAUAAACCGAUUUCAAAACCUAA